AUAGGAUGAAAUUAGAAGCACCAAAAGAGGAGCCCAAAUUCACCUUGUUCUCCCCAGAUACAACUCUUCCAACAGAGGAACGAACUCAGUUCAGAAGUCGGGCAAGUGAUGUGUUCGGGUCGUUAAGCCGGGACACGGUGGCCCCCUCUGACCUCACCCCGGCCAUGGCACCACCCCCUGCACCCCGCUCAACCUCAAGAAACGAAAGUGAAAAGGUGAACAUAACCCCCUCGAUAGAGUUGUAUAACAGCCUAACGCUAACUAGUGAUAAAGUAGAGAAGAAAAGAACCCCUGUUAAAGCUCCUGUUAGAGCCUUCGGAUCGAACAAGAGAUUCUUCAGAGCGCAGCACGAAAUCACCCCACAAAAGUUUACAAAGUACACAUUAGAAGAUACAGAUCUUACAGACGACAGGUAA